AUGGCUGCUAUUAGUUUAUUAAACCCUAAAGCUGAAUUUGCCAGGGCUGCACAAGCCUUAGCCGUAAAUAUAUCGGCAGCAAAAGGUAUUCAAGAUGUAAUGAAAACUAACCUAGGCCCGAAAGGAACUUUAAAAAUGUUAGUAUCAGGCGCAGGCGAUAUUAAGAUAACUAAAGAUGGUAAUGUACUCUUGCACGAGAUGCAAAUUCAGCAUCCGACUGCAUCUCUCAUUGCCCGCGCUUCAACUGCUCAAGACGAUGCUACUGGUGAUGGAACAACUUCUACUGUGCUUUUAAUUGGGGAGCUUUUGAAACAAGCUGAUAUAUACAUUAGUGAAGGACUUCACCCUAGAAUUAUUACUGAAGGAUAUGAUUUAGCAAGAAAUAAGGCACUGGAGAUUCUUGACAGUAUGAAGGUUCCCAUUGAAGUAGAAAGAGAAAACCUAAUGGAUAUUGCUCGUACAUCUUUGAAAACAAAGGUACACCAAAACCUUGCGGAUGUGUUGACUGAUGCUUGCGUAGACGCAGUCUUGGCUAUUCACAAGCCAGAUCAACCUGUUGACUUACACAUGGUUGAGUUAAUGGAGAUGCAACAUAAAACUGCAACUGAAACAACUUUGAUUAAAGGUUUGGUGCUUGAUCACGGCGCACGUCACCCUGACAUGCCAAAACGAGUGGAGAAUGCGUACAUUCUUACGUGUAACGUCUCACUUGAGUAUGAAAAGACAGAAGUCAAUUCAGGUUUCUUUUAUAAAUCUGCUGAAGAUCGUGAGAAGUUAGUUGCUGCUGAAAGAGACUUUAUUGACCUCAGAGUUAAAAAGAUAAUUGCUUUAAAAAAGAAGCUGUGUGAUGGUACUGACAAGUCAUUUGUUGUAAUCAACCAGAAGGGAAUUGAUCCUCUGUCCCUUGACGCUUUGGCAAAGGAAGGAAUAAUCGCGCUUCGCAGAGCCAAGCGACGCAACAUGGAGCGUCUGUCGUUGGCUUGCGGCGGUUCUGCUAUGAACUCGGUUGAUGAUCUGACUGAAGAUUGCUUAGGGUAUGCUGGUCUUGUCUAUGAACAUAUCCUUGGCGAAGAGAAGUAUACUUUUGUAGAAAAUUGCAAGAACCCACAAUCUGUAACUAUUCUCAUGAAAGGUCCCAACAAGCACACUCUUACUCAAAUUAAGGACGCUAUUCGCGACGGCCUCAGAGCUAUUAACAAUGCAAUUGAAGACAAGUGUGUAGUUCCCGGUGCUGCCGCAUUCGAAAUUAAAACCAAUUUGGAGCUGCAGAAAUACAAAGACACAGUCAAGGGAAAAGCUAGAUUGGGAAUUCAAGCAUAUGCUGAGGCCCUCCUGGUGAUCCCAAAAACAUUAGCUGUAAACUCUGGACAUGAUGCUCAAGAUACAAUUGUCAAGCUGCAGGAGGAAGCCCGUUUAAGCUUUGACCCCAUAGGUUUAGACCUAAGCAGUGGUGAAGCCAUUAAACCAACAGAUAUGGGUAUCUAUGACAACUAUAUUGUGAAGAAACAAAUUUUAAACUCAUGUUCUGUUAUUGCUAGCAACCUUCUUUUAGUUGAUGAAAUAAUGAGAGCUGGUAUGAGUAGUCUUAAAGGUUAA